ACUUUAUAAGCCGAUGUACUUCUUGCUGAUGUUGGUCCAAGCCAUUCGUUUGGUUCCCACAGCCACUGGUGGUAUUCCUGAGGUAAUAGUAGGUUGAUUUCUGGCUGCCCUGUGGUUCAUUCAGAACUUGCUUUGUGAGAGGAGGCUUAGCAUCUAGUUCACUUCUUUUUUAUUCGCGAUGUCGAUGUGGUGAGAUGGGCAUAACACCUUACAGAUAAAAAUGCAUUAGAACCCAAUGAAAUCGUAAUAAGGCUGACAUGGUCGAUUUUUCUGCCCAGAAUAUACCAGUCUUUUUCCAUCAGAAAAGUCAGAAGAGUAGGAAGGAAAGAACCAAGGAAAAUAAGUAACUUAAGGGGUAGAGCCAGCUCAGCUCAUUUGCCAAAUCCAUAGAACAAAGCAGUCAAAUCCGAAAAGUUGACAAUACUGUACUGCAAUUGGAGCCUUGCAUUGUUGAAGCCAGGAAUCUUGUUGGAACUGGAGACGUAUGUAAUUAGCGAAAUGCCAACAAAACCAAGCUCGAAUAUGUAUAAUUCACAAUGGGCUCGAGACAAGUGGAGGUUGAAAGAGUAAUUCAGUAACAAUAAUGAUUAGCUGCAUAUGCUGAUACGAAAGGGCCUUGCAUCUGGUUCUAUAGUGAUUAUCAACUAAUCUUUUCACUGCAGUUAAGAGAGAACCAAGAGGAAGAGAUAUGGAAGCUUCGUUGUGUGGAAAAAAUUCUUCUCUCGUCCUUGGCUUGCAUGUCUAUAACAAUGUUCACAUCCACAACAAGGCUCACUUGCUCAGGCCCCUUUGAAUUUUUCUGCCCAGAUUUUUCCGUGGGCCAUAUAACAAUGGUUUAUUGUGUGGAAAAAAUUCGUCUCUCUUGUCCUUGGCUUGCAUGUCUAUAACAAUGUUCACAUCCACAACAAGGCUCACUUGCUCAGGCCCCUUUGAAUUUUUCUGCCCAGAUUUUUCCGUGGGCCAGAUAACAAUGGUUCAUUGUGUGUAAAAAAUUCAUCUCUCUUGUCCUUGGCUUGCAUGUCUAUAACAAUGUUCACAUCCACAACAAGGCUCACUUGCUCAGGCCCCUUUGAAGUUUUCUGCCCAGAUUUUUCCGUGGGCCAUAUAACAAUGGUUCAUUGUGUGGAAAAAAAUUAUUCUCUCUUGUCCUUGGCUUGCAUGUCUAUAACAAUGUUCACAUCCACAAGAAGGCUCACUUGCUCAGGGCCCUUUGAAGUUUUCUGCCCAGAUUUUUCCGUUGGCCAUAUAACAAUGGCUCAUUGUGUGGAAAAAAUUAUUCUCUCUUGUCCUUUGGCUUGCAUGUCUAUAACAAUGUCACAUCCAUGUUCCCAACUCAAGUUACUCACGGAACCCUUAUCACAAGAAGGCUGACUUGCUCAGGCCCCUUUGAAUUUAUCCGCCCGGAUUUUUCCGUGGGCCAUUGUUAUAUGGAAAGUUGAAUUUUCUCGCAGCCCUACUAUGACCACUGGCCACACACAAUUAGACUCCUUUUUUAUUGUAUGGCCUUCGCCACGUACUUGAUGGUUAAUUUGCAAAGAGGGAAGGCCAAGAUCCGCCGCUGGCUCACAAAUCAUAAUCUUCCUUGCCAGUUGACACUCUAUAUAAAGGCAAUAAACAAGUGUGCUUCUGACCAGAUUACUGAAGGAUAGCAGCUAUGGCCAGGUCUGCAGUCUGUGGGGCGGCAUUCAUCGUGGUGCUAUUAUGCGUGCUCAUGACUACUCCUUACGUCAUUAAUGCAGCGGUAACUUGCGGUCAGGUUGUCACCUUACUCACUCCAUGCAUCCCCUUUGGAGUAUUUGGAGGGACUGUGCCACCAGAAUGUUGUGCAGGCAUAAAAGGGCUACAUGAUGCACAAAACACCGCAGAGGAUCGCAGAACUGCAUGCAGUUGCAUUCAACAGGGGGCUGCAAUGAUCCCUGGGAUUGACUAUGACCGCAUUAACACGCUGGGCGAUCGAUGCGGCUCUCCUUGUCCGUACAAAGUUUACCCCUCUACUAAUUGCUCCGAGCUAAGCUGAAUCCAGAGAAUUAAUGCAGUGUCUAAGCGCGGGUAUGAGCAUGAGAAUAAAGCGACUGGUUUAUAUCAUCGAAAGCUAGCUAGAGCUAUCUUAAAACACUACGCUUAAUGAUGUGUUUUUUUUAGUACUUUGAAAGGGAGGGAUAGUAUUUGUUUAUCAAUA